UUCCCAUAUGUCCCGGAAGCGCCUACAGACCACGUGACUCACACACCGCGUUUGUAAACACGGCGUAUUUAUAUGCGGCUUUUUACCUGAUUACUAACCGGCUCCUAAAGCGACUUUAAUUGUUUAUCUGUUCAACUUGAAUGAUGGAGGUGGAAACAGGAAGGCCAUAUUUUUUCGGUGAUAUCGGCUUCUGGUCGGAGAGGACAGAGGUCCACAAGGCUGCGUAUCAAGGCCAGGUAUCCCAUCUGCAGAGUCUGAUCCAGAGUGGGGCCUCAGUGAAUAUCGUGGCUGUCGACUCCAUCACUCCUCUGCAUGAGGCAGCUAUCCGAGGACAAGCGCAGUGUGUGAGGCUGCUGCUGGAUGCCGGAGCACAGGUGGAUGCUAGGAACGUGGACGGCAGCACUCCUCUGUGUGAGGCCUGUUCUGCUGGGAGCUCUGAAUGUGUGCAGCUCCUCCUCAAGUAUGGAGCAAAAGUUAACCCUGCCCUUACCUCUCGCACCACCUCCCCACUACAUGAGGCCUGCAUAGGAGGAAACGCAGAAUGCGUAAAGCUCGUGAUAGCAAAUGGAGCCAGUCUGGAAGCGUAUGAUCUGUACAACGGCACUCCUCUUCAUGUAGCCUGCGUUAACCAGCACCUGGAGUGUGUCAAGGUGCUACUCAAUGCAGGAGCAAAAGUAAACACAGUCCGCCUACAUGAGACGGCGCUACACCAUGCAGCAAAGGCCAACAACGCAGAAAUGAUUGAGCUUCUAGUGGAGUUCGGGGCAAACAUCUACGCCAAAGACAAACACGAGAGGAAACCUGUCGACUACACCAGGCCUGACACACCAGCUGCUCUCUGUCUGCAGCUUUAUGAGAGUUGUCCUCUGUCUUUGCAGCAGCUGAGUCGUAUCACACUGAGGCAUGUCCUGGGUACCAGAGCGCUGCAGGUCAUCACCGAACUGAACCUUCCUAAUUUCAUCAUCCGCUAUCUUUCAUACCUGUGAGAUCUCCACACACACACACACACACACUCAGGGCUGGUGCGACUCAGAGCUCGACUAUACCUCCAACAAGGUUAUAUUUCUUGCCUGAACAUCUCUCCUUAUACUUAUUAUCUGAAUAUUAUUCAUAAAAGGGUUCUUGAAGCACUUGAAUACUCGGUGCUUAUGGCACAUCUUGGUCUUGGAAUGCACAAUCCAACUGCACGAUUAACACAUUAAAGCAAAGCACUUAAGACAUCCUCAAAGCUGUUUAGUAAUGAAAGCCAGAGAACAGAGAAAUAUGUUAUUGUUCCAGCUGCCUGCACUCAGGAACUUUCUCUGAAUGUGAUCGUCGAGACUCAGAAGUGGCAGUACAUUAGUUCCCUUGACUACAGCCGGGUAACUUGAACAACACUCGACCAGCCUGAAGCGGAUUCUGGCAGCUUCGUCUUAAACACUUUCCAAACGGGAGUCCACAGUCCUGACAACAUGCUGUGUUUAGCACAUCGAUGAUGCUCUCGGAGUGAGAGAUCGCAGGCCCACUCAGAGCUGCAUCCCUGGUUUAGCAAUUCUCACAUUCUUUCCAUGUCACAAUUUAUAAUUAGUGCUUUUCUGGUAUAUUAUGCUCCGUAUCUUAUCGUGGUUAGGCUUAGUAACAAUGUGGCAGCAAAAUAGUCAUAGACCUGCUGAGAAAAAACUAUUCUGAGAAUAACUUUUGAUCAGGAACUUUUUUGUACUUGCAAUAUAGAGAGGUUUUUAAAAAAAGCAUCUAGUGUAAAGCUACUAUAACAUAAAUAAUACAAAGGAAUUAACAUAUAAUUAUUUAUCGGUGGAUUUAAAAAUAUGUUGUGCUUUAAUCAGUAAUUCUUUAGCAAUUUGCUGUAGUAUAAGGGGAAUAAAACACUUCAGGAAUUGCUGUUAUUGGAAAAUCAAAUAUAUAAAAUCAUAUAAAUAAUCGCUGUACUGUGCAAAAAUUUACCAUUGGUGAUUCUUAUACAUUACUUUUUAGUUGUAGAACUGAAACGAUCCAUGUGCCAAAUAUCAUUAGAACAAAAUCCUCUAACUGACCAGCACUCAGUUUAUUUUUAUUUAUCUAGAUCACCGUAUUAUCGUUGCCCAGCCGUAAUUACCAUUGUAUUUUUACAUAGAGCAAUAUUUAUUUAAGAACUUGGCUUAUUUCGCUCAGUUCAUGUUCCAAAAAUAUCCUCUCGCUAAUGCACUUACUGCUAGCAUUCUCUAAUUAUUUUAUUUUCUGUAAUUGUAGUGCAUUUUACAACAUUAGCUGCUCAUGACUAAAAAUGAAGCAUGUGCUCUAAUCUAGCGCCAUUUCUGACUGAUGCCUUUGACCCAAGGGACAGUGAACUUGUGAUGUUGUGCCAUAACAAACCAUUAUGUGUCAUUACUGACCAAGAUUAAAGGAGCGUUCAGUAAGAAGUACGCCCGACUGAUUCGUCCGCCUGGGCGGAGCAAAACUAAGGUAAUUGUAGCGUAGAGAGCUACCGUGUCAAGAUUUAACGCUGGCUCUCUAAGUUGUUUGUUUUCCGCAGUUCCUGAAGAGAUAGCGAUCGGUUCGGAUCAUUACUCGAGGCUCGAUACUGCUUUUUGCUAAGCAGGAGAUAUUUUCAGUGUAUUUUAAUUUUCAUCCGUUUGCUAUUUUAUUUUAUUUUUCAUCGGUGUCAACAGCAGUGUUUCAGGAGAUGUUAAAAAAUAGUUUCUUUGCAUUUGUUUUUAAAUUCUAUAUUAGUUCAGUUUUUGUUUAUUAGUUUGAGAAAAUAGUAUAAAUUAAAAUAAGGUUAGUUCUUGUACAGAUAGGUAGAGGAUAAAUAAGUGCUUUUUUUUUUAUUUCUUAAGGAUGAAAUCUUAUGUACUUUCAUCCUAGAUGAAAUCUACAUGUUCUUAUGUCAUGUGUUGUGUAACAGUGGAGUCCGUCCGGUCUGUUUAAAGCAUCAUCUGUCUACUAAUGAAACGCUCAUUUUUAUCCACUUAGCCCUCUGCGUUUCCCUCGUCUCGGUAUUUUUAAUCGAUUUUGCGCUAUUAGUAAUUGAUUAAUUGAAUCAGACUGUUUAUUCCAGGUUCAUGAAAUUCUUUCUACGCUUCUAAUCCCUGCUCUUCAUUGCUUUUCUCAUAAACAACAUAAAAACCGUCUAUAAAUAAGAGUGUGCAGAAAUAGCUCCAUAAACAUCCCUGGUUAGUUUUGAGCUGAGAAAAUAAGUUUUUUCCUUUUCUGGUCUGAUCUGCAGACCCAGGAGAGGCACAUUGGCACUUUUUUUAAACAGAUGAUCUUGUGAUAAAUCAUCGUUUUCAGGUUAAAGGUUUUUGUUCUUAUUAUCUUUGAGAUUAAAAUAAGAUGCUAGUAAGGAAAUAACUGUUUAGAGCUGUUGUACUGUAAGUGAUGACAAGAAGCUUAUUUAGUGGAUGUUCCACAACAUUACACGUAACUAUAAACAGAUAUAAAUCGUUGGCAAGUCGCUGUUAUAUAAAAAGACUUGAAAACACUCUAUAAAUAACUAGCACAAUAAAAAUAUCUCUAUUUUUCCUCGUUUAGCUUCAAGUGGCUUCAGCUCUCAUUUGCAGGCUCAAGAGGAAAGAACCGGGCUUUAAAAAUACCUCCUGAGUUGAUCCAGGUGUAAUAAAGUGUAGACCGGGAAAGCACACGGGGAAAUAAAUGUCCUGUACGUUGGCACAGAAUUAUUGGCACCCUUCAAUAUAUAGGGAUGAGAGCUCUUUUUUUCCUGCCAAGCACUGAUUUCAGCCUUUCUGGCAACACCACAAUUGGCAAAAUUUGAUGAAGCCAGGUGGAGAAAAUAAACAGCUGUUUUCUGAAGUGUUCUGAUAUUUUGUGGGGGGUUUUAAGGGCCUCUCGACCAUGCCGUGUUCUCUUGCAUCCUCUUCAUGGCACAUUUAUAUUAUAUUAUAUUAUGCAUGUUAGAAUUUGCAUGCAUGAUUAUUACUUAAGAGUGGCAAUUAUUUUGCCACGUUUUUACAAAACAAUACUCUUAGUUUAAUUAAUUUAUUAUACUCUUAAUUUGUUUGAUAGUUAGAGAAAAGCUUAGUGAUUUCCUUUCAUUCCUUGUCUGGAAUCAUUGGUCCUCCAUUCUCAAAACUGGAUACAAGCGGAUUUGUUCAUAACUCAUUUGCAGGAGCUUUCACUAAAGGAAACGUCUUCGUGAAAAACCAGUUGGAAAAACACUAGUAUACUAUGACAGCUCAUGAGUUCGUCUAAAUUCUAACAUAAGCCUUAAUUGAUUGGCUUCAAGUCUUAAAGCAUUAAAACAAACACUGCUGACUUAAAAUAAAGCAAUCCGAAACACAGCCAUAGAUUAGGAGAAAAGUAAUGGCAGCCUAUAAGAAGAGAGAGUUGGUGUGUGUGACAGUGCAGCACUGAUGCAGCUGGAUUUAGUGCAUGCUGCACUUAGGUGCUCAUUCAUCAUUUACUCCUCAUUUGUCGUUUUCAGCUUUCUGUGAGGAUCACCUAUUAUGGAGAUUUGUAAAUCAGCUAGGUCAUGAAUGUGCUUGUCAUUUAGAGAUGAUUGGAAUGCAUCAUUAGAUGAACGCUUGAUUACCAAAAAAUCAUUUUAAGUAGUUUUUUUUUUUAGUUCGGCCUUGGAACAUUUAUUAGCGUGUGAAUUAUAUAAAACUCUUGUCUGACUUUAUUAACCAAAAUCAUUUUGAGAAAACACAGUCGAGAUGUAAGUUUAGUGUAGAUUACGUGUUGCAUAAAAAAACCCUUCUAUUCUGCCUAUUUCACAUUAUUUGAUGCUUCCAUCCUGUGUGCACCUCACUUGAUUGUAAUGUAUGAAUAAGUGAUUGAUCGGUUCUGGGUCACAUUCUCGCAUCUCUCCAUCCUUUUCAUGCCUGCACGUCCACACAGCACUUCUGCAUUUCUCUUUUAUAAAACAGUCUAUAAAUAGCCAGCAGACCAGAAAUAGCUCCACUCCCUGACUCUUUGCUUUGACUGAACAUUCAGGCAAAAUGAUGUUUUUCCUCUUGAGCUGGCGCUGAGGUUCAGCAGGGCCAGAGCACUUCCAGUUCUAAACAGGGCUGAGAACCAACAGAAGAAUGCCGUUGUUCCAACACCGCUAACCCUCCCCUGAAAUGACUCUUACUAACAUUUUUUGCUCCUGGAUGGAAUGCUGUUUUUUCAUCUUUAUGGAUAAAACUGAAAAAGGACUGGCAUGUUUUUUUUCCCCACUGAACCUUACUGAAUAAUGAAAAUAGCACAGUACUCUUUCUGAGGAUCUGGUUUUGGUGCUGAACUGCUAUCAGGGAGAACUCAUUUAAUAUGUUAAUUUAUUGGACACACAUUUGUAAAAACCAUUGCUUGUAUAUUAACAUCUGUACUGCGGGGUGCUGAUGUUUAGUGCUGAUCUAAUGUUCCCUGGACUCUAAGCACACUUUGUAAACGAUUAUGAAAUGAACUGAUUGUAUGAUGUCUGUCAAUGUUUUAAAAAAAAUAAACUUCGAAAAUGGAAUUUAAUGACUGAAAUAACUGGAUUUAACUACAUGGGACAGUCUUACACAGGGUUAAUGGUUUAAUACAAUGCCUUGCGUAAGUAUUCACCCC